UGCUUUGUAUCUCUCUUCGUUCGCCAUCUUGGUUUUUUGUGGAAUUCUCGGUUACACAGUGAAUUCGACGGUUUCGAGACAGAAAUCCGUCAUCAUCCGUCCUAGGAGAGAGUCUACGGAAGGAUUCGACAGAGUAUUUCAUCCUUAGCAAUUUUGGGCGGACCAAGACUCGCGGUUCGCUCAUAGAGUUCCACCCCUAAAUGGUGGCGUGUAUUCGACAUGUCUGCAGUUUCCGGGCUAGCAUCAAAGGGGGAGAAAGGAAGGUCCAAGUUCCAGUCGCUGGAUAUAAAUAGUCUCUACAGGUCCACCCUCGGAGAGUCCGCCGAGCCGCAGCAGAAGACGCUUCCUCGCAAACAUGGCAUGCAAAGUUUGGGCAAAGUGCCCUCAGCCAGGCGUCCGCCGGCCAACCUUCCCAGCUUGAAGUCGGAGCAUAGCGGUCAGGAGCCGCCGGUCUCUCUAGUUCCGUCAGGUGGCGCAGGAUGGGGUGCCAAAGGCGAGUCGGAGGAGGCGCCGGCAGCUGCGGCUGCGGCGGGCACGGCCUCGACAGCGGCGCCGCCGGCCUCCUCAGCUACGAACCCUCUCUGUACCUCUGUCUCCGGGGCGCCGACCCCCUCGGCGCCCUCCUUGCCGCCCAACCAGCCGGCGGCGGCCGCGGCCGCCGCAGCGGCGGCCAGUCUGGUGGCCUCGGCGGCCAAGAGCGGCGCCGGCGGACCGCAGGAGAAGCUCUGGAGCAGCCUGAUGAGCGGCGGAAGCGGCGCCAGCAGCGUCGACGGCGGCCCCUCCUUCCUCGCGCACCAGAACCCCAUGUUCCAGCAGGAGUUCCCUUCCCUCUCCACAGACCAGCAGGCCGCAAAGAGCACCGCCCAGGACGUGCAGUACGGCCCUGGACCCAGCCUCCGACCGCAAACCGAAGGAAGCUGGAUCCAAGGUGGCAUGGCGCGGUCGGCGCCCGUGCCCGGCGGCGCGCUCGAGCCGCGAGCGGGCGGGGCUCAGGACCAGGGCAAAGGCAACUCGGGCCCACUGGGGGCUGCACAGCCUGCCUCGGGCCCGGCCGGCCCCGGCAUGUCGGCGCCGCUGCCGGCGCAACUGCGCGGCAUUAUUCCGCCCUUCAUGUACCGCGGAAGCCAGUUCGGGCCCGGUGGCGGCCCCCCAUCAAAUUUCCCUCAGAACUUUCAAGGAAACAACAACAACAACUCCAGACAGCGCUACCCCGAGCAGCAAAGGCAGUCUCAAGGACAAAGAUAUCCCUCCCAGCGGCCCGUGGACGAAGACGCCCUCUUCUCGAGGCCUAUUAUCAAGGAAGAAGAGUUCAAGCAGCUGGAUGAACUGGUCAGAGACAACGGGUGGGCCACUACUGACGACAUUGACUACAACCAAAAGCUCUCUUUCAGCGACGAAGAGGGAGACGACAACACACAGAGCAGGACAAACAAACAGAACGAAAAACUGGAUGGUGCUGCCCCCAGAGGUGGACGAGGUGGUCCCUCAUUUCCCGGCGGAAAAAUGCCGUACGGCGGAGUUGCAGUGCCGCCGCCCGCCUUAUUGGCGGAGGAUGAGUUCUGGCGUGAGAAGCGUCGGCAGCAAAUCGACCAAGUGGCUCUGGCCGUGGAGCGGGCAAAGCAGCGCAAGGAGGAGGAGGAAAAGCGGUUCCAGGAGCAGCGAGAGGCGGCCGCCAAGAAGCUGCAAAAGCUCGAGGAGAAGAUGGGCGUGAGCAAGUCUGAAACCGCAAUCCCAGCGGCCGCGGCGCCUCAGCCGGAAAAGGAGCAAUUAGAGGAGAAGACGGAGGAGUCGUGGGCCAAGCAGGUGGCCGACGAGCCGGUCCCUGUGGCCGUCGAGACGGCCAAGGAGGCCAGCGUGGCCUUUUCGCCCAAGUUCUCGGAGGAUCUGCCUCCGCGGUUCGCCAAGCAGAAGCAGCAGCAGUUGCUUCGAAAGCCCAUCGGCGGUGGCCAGCCAGGUCAAAAGGGCGCCUCGCCGCCCCCGCAGCAGCUGCAGCAACCCCUCCAGCAGCAGCCAGUGCAAUCAAACACGCCGCCCCCGCUACUGGCCACGCCCAUUCAGCCGCCGGCCAACUUCGAGCAGCGCUGGAACCUCAGCAGCAUUGUUGGACGUGGACAGCCUCGCCGCCGCAGCUCACAAGAGCAGGAUGACGGCGAGGACAAGCACAGGGGCGCGGCUUCAGGUCGUGGAGGAAGAAAGGUUUCUGAAGGCUCUCGCGGUAAGCCUGAUGAGGACUCGUUCAUGCACAGGCGGCAGUCGUCUGAGGAGCCCGUCGACUUGAUGAAAGAGCUGCCACGCCCUGCUCAGGAGCAGCCGGAUGAGGAUGCCAAGGAUAAAGAAUCAAAGGCCAAGAAAAGUGGUGUUAAGCUGGACGCGUGGUCUCGCGGCACCGAUGAGACCCUGGCCGCCAAGCUACGCGGCGCUGAUGAUGAGCAAAAGCUCGAUAAGGCGGAGGAGGAGAGAAAGGGUAAGGGUCGCGGACCUCGCAGGCCCGGUGGCGGCGGCGGCGGCCAGAAGGAGGCGUGGCCCGCAGGUGGAAACGCACCGCUGAAGACGUGGGCUCGCACCGGCUCGGGCGAGACCAAGCCCAAGGGCCGCGGUGGCAAGCCCAAGUCCGGAAAGCCGUGGGCUGACGACGAGUCUGAACAGUCGGGCGAUGAGGACAAGCAGCAACGCAAGCCCAAACAGCAGCUAGUCGACGACAAAAAGUCCGGCCCUGGCGAGAAAAAGAACAAAGAAGGAUUCGCUCCUCGCGGCGAGCCCUCCAGGCGCGGCCGCGGAGGGGCUGCGGCCGCCGGGCGUCCCCGCGGCGGCAUGGGCCGCGGCAUCGACGGCUACGGCCCGCCGGCCAAGAGCCCCUUCGGCAGCCGCGACGAAAAUCGCAAGCCGGACGAGCCCCCAAACAAGAGCAAACUCGGCGGCAUGGUGCCCCUCGGCGGGCAGGCCGCCCCGGGAAGUGGCAAGGCGGCCAAGCAGGCGGCCGCCACGCCCCCGCGCAUGCAGAAGGACAAGUCUGGCCGACGCAAGCCCAGGAACAAACCCGACAAGCCGCAUGACGAGCAUGCUGAGGAGAAUUGGGACAGCCUCACCGACUCUGACGACGAGCACAAGGCCAGCAACCAUUUUGCUCCGCCGCCAACCUCCAAGGCGCCUGGCGCAGAGAAAAAGAACGGACUGGGUGGAAGAGCAAUGAACCAGUCAAAGAAAGAAAACCUGCCACUCGUGGUUGAGGCGGCAAAGCGUCUGGAAAAAGAGAAAAGCGCCCUGGACGCGCUGGACAUCAGCACAUACGCCGCCGUGACGCUGCUGGUGGACGAGGCAUCAGACGCAGACAACGGCCAGUUCCUCUACCCGUACGGCAACCAGAACAAAUCCAAGAAGCCAAUGUCUCAGGGCGGCGACAAGCCCUCGGCGGCCGUGUCGGCGCCGCCCAACGGUAACCGCGGCAAAUUCGGCUCGCUGGGCGGCCCUCUGGGCCCCCAGCAGCAGCAGCAGCCCCAGAUGAAGCCCUCGGGCAAGACCGGAGGUUACGAGAGGAUUCACGACAGGUCACGCGCUUCAAAGCUGCCGCCGCGGCUGGCCAAGCAGAAGGAGGUGAACCGGCUGAACAAGGUGGCGGCCAACAUGGGCCACCACCUCGGCCCCACCGACAUGCUCGACAUGUACGUCGACUCAACGCACAUGAACUCGUGGGACAAGACUCUUGCAGACCCCCUCCGCGGCGGGUCGCCCCUCACUUCGUGUGUUGCUCUGGGUGAGCAGGACGGCAGCGGCGGGCUGUCGGUGUCGCAGAUGGCGCCUGGCGAGGCCUUGCUCGAGUGCAGCACGAGGCUGUCGCAGACAAUUGUCUUCGAAAACACUAACAUCCGGUCGAGAGACAAGUUUUUGCCCGCGUCUGCGCUCGCGUCCAUUCCGAGGAUGAUCGGCGCCGAGAGUAAAAGUAACGAGCUCCCCUUUUGCGAUUCGGUCAGUCUGCAGGUAGGGCUCAAGAAGGGCGAGGACACGGCCGACAUGAAGCUGGACUUUGCGUUCGACUCGACGGAGCUGCUCGACGAGAAGAACAAGGUUCGGUCCGGGGGCCACGGAGUGUCGGCGCCCCCGCCGUCGGUGGCGGCCACCUCCACAAUCUCGCCGUCGACCGCUGAGCUCAACCUGAAAAUCGCUUCCACCAAAAAGGUGUGGGAAAUGCCCUCCGUGGUGGAGCACUCGCAGGACGAGUUUUCCAGCGCCGGCUUCGAGCCGAGCCUCGAGUCGUCGUUCAAGGAGGCGAGCGCCGAGGAGAGCGCCCUGCCCACAGACGUCUCCUACAGCGUUGGACCGACCAGCGUGACCGGCGGCAACUACACCGCCGCCCCCGGAGGCCUCUCGGCCACCAGUCUGGCCGGAAAGACCGACCCCACCACCACAUCCAGCAACGUCUGCAAGGUGAAGCCGCAGCAGCAACAGAUGGCGAUGUCGGCGGCAGCAGCGGCUGGUCAGUCGCCACUGGGCCAGCAGACGCAGUUGUCGCCUCCUCCGUACAACUCAACCUCAGCGUCGACGCAGCAUUUGGGCUACACGACGGUGGCUAGGUCUGCGGGCGUGGACAACCUGUCCUGUUGGCAGCACUCGGGCAGCGCGGCCGCUGCGCCCGGCUUCGGCGGCAUUUCGGCCAUCCCGUCGCCGCCGACGGUGCUGUUCAACACGAACCAGCAGCUGCAGCAGCCGGCGGGCAUCUACAACGCCUUCCAGCUGGACAAUUCGCAGCGCUCGCAGUACUCGCAGUACCACCCGCCCUACAACCUUGGCAGCAGCAACCCGGCCGCCACCGGCUCUUACCAGCAGCAGAACUGCUACCUGCCCCAAGGACCCCCGCCGCCGCCCCCCAACGCCCCGGGAACGGACCUCUAUCCGCCCCCGUCACUCUCUCAGUACCGUCUUCAGGCUGCAGCCGCUCCGUACGGCCAGACGCCGCAGCACGUGACGAGCAACCCGAGCACGGUGCUGAUAUCGUCGUCGUCCAACUCGCUGAUGUCUGCCAGCGUGAAGCCGAGCAGCCAGCCGAUCGGCGCCAUCGGCAGCAAGGGCUACCAGACCUCCGCGGCGCCUCCGCCGCCGCAGCCGAGCGCCAUGUACGCGAUAUACGAGCACCCGUCGGCAGCGAACCUGCUCGGCCUCAGCGGGCCCAGCUUCAUGGCCAACUCAGGGCCGCUGGUGCAGCGCCAGGCCACGGUGCAGAGCAACGUCAUCCCCACCAUCCAGCCGCCGUCCUCCUACUUCUCCAGCUCGGCCCGUGAGCAUCAUUACUACUUAAAAGAUUCAAGCCAGGGCGGCUUCUACCAGACGAACAACCCUCCACCACCGCACCCCAACUCGAACGCGAUGCACAACUCGAGCAACCCGUACGCGGCGGCCGCCGGCAGCAUGUCCGGCUUCAGCAACAGCGCGGCCAACUCGUCGUACGCCGCGACGCAGCAGAUGGUGGCCGCGGCUGCCGCGCAGGGCUACCGCAGUGCUGCGGCCGCCGCCGCCGCCGCUAAUUACAUCAAGCCGCCGCAGCAGCAGGGCGGCGCCGGCAGCGCCACCGACAUGGGCGGCCGACAACUCAAGUCGCCGGCGCACGAGCAGCUCGGUCCGAGCGUCUUCUCGAGCGGCGCUGGAGGCCAGCAGAUGAGCGCCUCGCCCAAGGCCAGGGGCGGCGCCGGCGGCGGCGGCGCCGUCAAGCAGCAGCCGCUGCAGAGCCCCACGCUCGCCGCCCAGCAGGGCCAGCAGCACAAGUUUGCCGCUUACCAGCAAAACAACUCGAUGAAGUUUCACCCCCAGGGAAUGCAACAGCAGAACCUAGUGGGCGGCGGCCGGAGCAACGGUCCCCGCGGCCCCUUCCCCACGCCCAUCCAGCGGCCCAAUUUCCAGCAGAACAUGUCUGGCAGGCCGCGCAUGCCGCCCAACCAGCAACAGCAGCAACGCAAGGCCAACCAAGGUUCGAACCUGCUGUCCAAGAUGGAUCAGACGCCGAGCGGCGGCGACAAGCUGCUGCUGAACAAAGAACUGUCCGAGGCGAAGAAGCCAGCGGCCGUGACAACAGCGGCGGCGGAGAAGAAGCCAGCGGCCAAGGCGGCCGUGGCCGAGGCCAAGGAGGAGGGCGGCGACGACAAGGCGGCCGCGCAGUGCGUCGAGUGAAGAGAGAAAAAAAUGUGAUUUGGUCGGCGGCCGCGUUGUCGCCACAGACAGUAUUAAGAAAAAAUGGUUUCCUCCGCCACACCGCUCUCGUUAUUAUUUGUUUCUUUUCGCGCGCGCCAGCCUCGUCUACUAGCAACAAUCGAAUGAAAGAUAGGAAGAAAGCUAUGAACAUUCCACGAGCGAGCGUCGCACUCGCCGAUUUUGUUGUUGAGCCGACCGACCGAUCGACCGAGCGGUCCUAUUUAUGUCUGACGAACACGUGAAAAAAGUUUUUGCAUUUUUUCGAGUCGGAGUUGAAGAUUAAGAAGAAGAAGAGGAGGAGGAGGAGGUGUUGCUCCCUAGACCCCGCCAGAGAAAAACACAAAGAAGAGCUCUUAGGUCUUUUCACACACACACACACACACUCACACACAAUUUAAAGAAUUAAAGAAAACACACUGCUGUCUCGUCGUAGUUGGAUGAUCUGCUGCAACCUGCAACUAAGAAUACACGCGUAAUAUUUAUCGUUUCUUCUGUGAUCUGCUUUGAUGGUUUUUAAAUCGACACACGUGAAUGAGAGAAAGAAAGAAAGAAAGAAUACACACACAUGGAGAAAGUAUGUGAAAAACGUUCAGCCUUUUAAUUUAAGGAAUGAGAACGAAAAUGAACAAGGUACACUCGCACUCAAUCACUUGUCAUGAAUGGGAAAUAAAAACUGAAAUUCCAAUACAUUUA